GGGUCCUCACCAUUGCUCUGCAACUCAGAACAGCAACUUCAGAAACUGCAUUGAGAAAAGAAUGACCCUAAACAGAGUUCUGAUUCUGGGGACUCUUACCCUGACCACCAUGAUGAGCCCCUCUGGUGGUGAAGACAUUGUGGCUGACCACGUUGGUUCCUAUGGCAUAAAUGUCUACCAGUCUUAUGGUCCCUUUGGCCAGUACACCCAUGAAUUUGAUGGAGAUGAGGAGUUCUACGUGGACCUGGAGAAGAAGGAAACUGUCUGGCAGCUGCCUAUGUUUCAAACAUAUGGAGGUUUUGACCCACAGGGCGCACUGAGAAACUUGGCUACAUCAAAACACAACUUGAACAUCAUGACUGAACGGUCCAACUCCACCGCUGCUACCAAUGAAGUUCCUGAGGUGACUGUGUUUCUAAAGUCUCCUGCGAUGCUGGGUCAGCCCAACACCCUCAUCUGUUUUGUCGACAACAUCUUUCCUCCUGUGAUCAAUGUCACAUGGUUGAAGAAUAGGCACUCAGUCACAGAAGGUGUUUCUGAAACCAGCUUCCUCGCCAAGAGGGAUCAUUCCUUCUUAAAGAUCAGUUACCUCACCUUCCUUCCCUCUGCUGAUGAUAUUUAUGACUGCAAGGUGGAGCACUGGGGCCUGGAUGAGCCACUUCUGAAACACUGGGAACCUGAGAUUCCAACCCCUAUGUCAGAGCUGACAGAGACUGUGGUCUGUGCCGUGGGGUUGACUGUGGGCCUUGUGGGCAUCGUGGUGGGCACUGUCUUCAUUAUCCAAGGUCUGCACUCAGGUGGUGCUUCCAGACAUCAAGGGCCUUUGUGAGCCACACCCUAGAAAAGGAGGUACACCCUAUGCCCACCGACCAGAGCAGAAGAGUGGACUUGAUAGGUGACCUAGCACUGUUUCCUGGCCGAGUUCAUCAUAUUCCUUCUCUCUUCCAACACUCCCCCUCUCUUCUCUUUUAUGGAACUUAAGGUCCCCCUGUAUCCUCUGAGAGCUCACAUAUCCUUUGAAAUUCUCCCGCCUUGACUGCCUGAUUUGUUUUUCUUUUCUUAAUUGUUACCUACAAUGAGAUCUCUGGGAUAUUCCACCCACUUACCUAAUUCUUUGUAACCCUGAUCCAAUAUUCCCAUGGAAACAAUAAAUUUCCCUUUAUGAGAUCUCUUAGUAAAAUUUUUCUUGUCUUUCAUCUCAGGGCUGACUAGGACCAUCGUCCUUUAUGCUUCAGGUCCACUUAAUCUCAUUUUCUGGAUUAUGUUUCAUGCCCAGUAACAGCAGAGCAAGCAAGUAUAGACUGAUAAUAUUUGAUAUCUUAGCUGAGGUUAAUAUUUCUCUCUUCUUAUUAUUCCCACGCUUUGGCAUUACCACUUUCCCCCCAAUUCAGACAUCAGUGAAAGUAGUAUAUGCCCUUUGUCCUUGGUAUAGAUUUCUUAUAGAAGAAACACACACACACACACAAACAAGAAAUAAGUUCAUACUCCUUUUAGUAUAGUUUUAAAAAGCUAUGACAGAGAACUAAAUUAGGAUAAAGAAAUUUUCAAUUUCAAAAGUAUUGAAAGUCAAAAUUGUUUUCCAAAACUUUAAAAUUUCAAUUUGUGAAGAAUGAAUGAUGAUAGGACCAGCUUUCCUUGCCGUUCCUCACCCAUGAGAAGAUGAGAAUUCUUUAGGCACGAAAAGAAAUGGAAGUCAGUUACGGGGGUAUUAGAAUAAGACCAUAAGGUAAAAAUCUGAGAAGAACCAAAUACUUCGUUCUUACUUAGGGGUAGUAACAACAGGAAGAAGAAUGGAAGUAGAAACCACAGACAUAUUUAAGCUUCUGAGAACACAGGUGU